AUGAAAUACGCAUUCCACUUCACUUAUGCUGAAGCCGUCUCUUCUGCUGCUUCCCUCGCGUCAACAUCUGUUGCAAUAACCCUCGCUGUCAUGGGACAGCAUAAUCAACUGGCUUCACCUGUCGGUUCUUUGGUCGUUACCGUUGCCAUGUUUGACGACAUUAUCUGUCUCGUUAUAUUGGCCAUCGUUGCACAAAUAUUCUCUGACACUGCUGACGGAUGGAAAAUAGCUCGUCCCAUCAUUUCCAGCGUUGGAGCGAUCAUUGUUGGCGUAGGGUUGGCGUUUGUUAUGCCGGCAGUGAUUCACAAGGUGAGACCAUUUGUGGCAGCAAGAUCAGAGAGAUUCUGGCGCGAAUUGUUCUUUGACUUUAUGCUUGUAUAUGGUGGGGUAUUCAGUUUCCUUGCAGAAUAUGCUGGAAGCACCCGCCUACUCGGUGCAUUUAUGGCUGGAAUGUCACUCGCCAAUGUCUCCGAAGCUAGUCAAUUAUGGGAGAAAAGAGUCUACGGUAUCCAGAGAUGGCUUAUCCCCAUUUUUUUUGCCUCUAUUGGUUUCAUUAUUCCAAUCAGAGGGUUGUUUACUCCAACGAAUUUUGGUUAUGGCGUUGCUUAUUCUGCUGUGGCUACUUUCGCCAAGUUUAUUGCUGGCUUCGUCACUAGCAUGGACGACAAAGUAGCGAUCGGGCUUGCUAUGGUUGCUAGAGGAGAGGUGGGAUUAGUCAUUGUAAAACAAGCCUUUGACAUUGGUAUAAUGAACGUAAAUGCCAUGUCUGUAACUUGUUGGGCUCUUAUCCUCUGUACCAUAAUCGGUGCAGUUGGGUCUAACUAUACUAUUAGACGACUGGGUCGGCCCGAAGUGGUCGGAGAGAGUAAUGACAACAGUGAAAAGCCUAUCUCUGAGGAUGUAGUAGAUGAUGGUUCAGAUCCCGACAAAGAUAGUUUUGGAAAUUCAAUUACCUGCGUAGAAAGUAGUGAAAUGUUUAAAGCAUUUAAACAGUUGAAUGAUAACGUGAAAUCCAAUGAGACGAUUGAAAUCAUUGAAGAUACAGUAAUCGAAAUUGAGGAGACCAAGGAAAGUCAAGAAGCUGAGAUUAUAAGCGAGAAAAUAACUGAUAUUGACUGCAGGGUUCAUGUCGAAGUCAAUGAUGAAAGCAUUACGUAA